GUGUAGCGGAUGCACCGCGUGAUUCCUUCAUUCCCAAGGUGUCUCUACACAGCCUAAGCAGUGAUGUCGAUGAAACAUGCCAAGCCCAACUUAAGCCAGUCUCAGGUGGCUGAGAUGGUGAAGAGGCUCUACAAUGUGACGGCAUCAGAAAUUCGCCAGCUGCCGAGCUACGAUGACCAGAACGUUUAUGUGGCGGCCAUCGAGGGUGGUGAGUACGUCCUGAAGAUAAUGAACUCGGAGCACAAUAAGAACCCCGCGCUGAUUGAGAUGCAGACGUGCGCCAUGUCCUUCCUGCACCAGAAUGGGUUUCCUGCCCAAACAGCACAGCCCACCACCUCAGGACAACUCAUGAGCCUGGAAGAAAUAGAAACUGACUACGGCUGUCAGAAGUACCUGGUGCGGCUGUUGACUUAUUUGCCUGGAACCACUAUUUCCAAGGUUCCUUUAACACCAGAGUUACUGCAUGAAACCGGCAAGACAGCAGCCAGAAUGGACAAAACCCUACAAGAGUUGGAGCACCCUCAUCUCAGCACCCUGCAGAGAGAGGGGUUCUUAUGGAGCCUGUCAAACAUUCCCCUCCUGGAACCAUACAUCAGCGUAUUAGAUGGAGAUCCUCUUCAGGAGGUUGUGAAAUCUGUCAUGCAUCAGUACAAGACCUCUGUGGCCCCCAGAUACUGUCAUUUCCGCAAGAGCAUUAACCAUGGUGACUUCAACGACCUCAAUGUGCUUGUGCACCCUGAUGAGAAUGACUGCUACAGAAUUUCUGGCAUCCUUGAUUUUGGAGACAUGAACUAUGGCUACUACAUCCAUGAGCUAGCCAUUGCCAUCACGUACAUGAUGAUGGAGCACCCUAAACCCAUAGAGGUGGGUGGGCAUAUCCUCGCUGGCUGGGAGAGUGUGCUCCCCCUCAAUGAGGCAGAGAAAGAUUGUCUCUAUGUACUGGUGCUGUGUCGCCUCUGCCAGUCGAUGGUUUUAGCUCGUUACUUUGUGACCCAGCAACCAGAAAAUGCAGAGUAUCUGAUGAUUUCGUCCAGGAAGGGCAUCCACAUUCUCCGUCACCUCUGGGAGCUCGGAAAGGAGCAGGUGGAGAAGGUGUGGUUUCAGAGUGCCGCGCAGUUCAGUGACAGAAAGUGAGGAAAGCCAUUCACAAAUUCACAUCAGGGUGAUUCCAGUGAGCCUUUUGUCCAGAUGCAGUAUCAUUGUAACAGAUUUUUUACUGUUGAGUUUCAGACAUUGUAGCAGGAAUACCACAGUGUGUCCAAAUUAGAGAUGAGUAGAUGAUGUAGAUGUCGAGUAGCAAAAACACUGCCAGAGGAAGUACUGAUACUCAUCAUCAUGCACUGAAACAGCAAAAAUAGUCAUCAAAACAGCUGAGAGUAAGAGCAAGAAAGGAUUUUGAGAAAAGUGCUGCAUAGCGAGCAACUUCAUUUGUAACUCAUCAGGUUAACAACUGUAUAAAGUGUUCAGAGUUUAGACACUUCAGUUGACUUGUUUACCUUGGUGCUCCUCUAUAUGGUAGCAGUCCAUUUGGUUGAAGAUCUGAGUCACUUUAUUGCGUAUCUGGCAAAGUCAGAAAUGGUCAACCUAUUUCUCUCUAUUCUCGCAUUACACAGAUACUGACUGAAGUCACUCCCUAUUUGCUGUAGAGUGCAUUUACAUUUACUGUCUCUUUUUGAGUGUCAAAAGUUUAUGCUCUAUACUGUGUAGUGCCCUGAAAUAUUCCACACAGGAAUGUAAAGAGUAGUUUCCAUGGAAUUUACACAAUUUUCUGCUAACAAUCCCACAAUGCAAUACUCAUUGCACAAUUUCCACUGUGCAUGAAAAAAUGAACAGUUAAGUGACACAACAGCUUCCAGUCAUGAUGCAAAAAAACACUGAUUCAGAAGUGUAUAAAAAAGUUUUCUGCUCCUUAUUGAGCUAUCUUUUAAGUGUCUGUUAAAGAGGGAGUGGUGAGUGAACGAGGACGCAGCCAACGUGUCUCUGGCUAUGUACUGCUUGAAUACUCUUUCAUAACGUCUUCAUUCAUACAUUUUUACACUCAGUAGCAAAAUGCUGUGAACAUUAAGUGCAAUCACAUCAGUUUGUACUGUGCAGCACAACACUUGAUUUUACUCGCAAAAAGCCAAACUCACUCAAAAUGUGUGAAUCAUGUUCAAGUUUUAAAUACAUUUUUGAACCAGUGCAUCACUGUGAGGUUUGUUUUUGUCAGUGCUGAAACCAAGACAGUCAAAAGACUCAAAAGAAAUGUAAAAACUCCUUUUCAGCACAAAGAAAUUUGCGAUUAAACCUUGUAUAAUUCAAACAGUUUGAACAAAAAGUAAUUAAUUGCAGGUUUAUUAAUGUGUGUCUUUAUAAUGGGGUGUACAGUAGUGACAGAGUUAAUGUCAACCACAAAGAAACAGUUUGUCAAAUGAAGAGGAUUUGCUUUUGCUUUUGGUGAUUGGGAAGGUUCACCUCACAUGAGGGAUCUUGCUACUGUAGGAAAUUUUAAAAAUGUUGGGGGCGGGGGUCAAAAUUUGCCCACACUGAGGCAGUUACAGAAUUUUGGGAGCACUUUUGAUUACUAGUAAUUAGGGCAUGAAGUUGGUGUUUUUUAAUGGGAAAAUGAAAGUGAGCCCAGACUAAAGCUGAGGUUGGGAAAGUUGGAGAAACAUUGUGCCAAAAUGAGUUAAAAACCCCUUACUAUUACUAAUACACUGUUCAAAAAAGUGUGAAAUCAUCUGUGUGUGUAUAGAAUGUAUGAAGAAUGUAUAUGCAUAAAGCUCUGAAGGCAAACGUCUCCCUUGUGCAUGCAGCAGCAGAGGCCAAAGCAUGUAGCUACAUGUACUGUUGGCUUCCUUUAACAAAGUCAGGAUUAGCUUUUAGCUGUCUGGCUCUGUUUGAGUGGGUCAGCCCAACAUGCUUUACAGAAAAAGAGAGUCAACUUAUUCACCUCUUCAACAGCAAGCCACUCUGUUUUCCAUUUUUCAGUCGUCGAAGCUGCAACUGUCUUUGCCAUCUUAUAUGCUGGGGGUGGUGUUGGUGAUGGCCCAGGUGUGGGGUUGCUUUCUUCGGUAGCAGCUGCAGCUUUUUUACUGAGAUGCUGGUUCAUGGCACCAACAUGACUGCAAUUGCAGGAUUUCUAGGAAAAUGUUUGCCUUCAAGUCAUGGUUUUUUAGCAGUCUGAGAUUUCCUGGGGCAUUUUUUCACUUUGCCCCUGUUAAUUUCUGGUGCUUGAUCUUGUGCCUUGAUUCUAAGCUCUGGAAGGUUUGGAUUCUCAUGGGAUACACUGGUGCUUAGCAUCAAAUUCAUGUGGUUAGCCAUACAAAAAUCCACAUUUAAUACUCAGGUUAUAUGUCAACUAAAUUGCAAUAAUGUCUAGUGAUUGGUAACGGAGGACGGAUUGUUAUGCAUACACACAUACUAUGGUGCAGUAUGACUUUCUGUUUCAGUGGGGAAUUUAGAAUAUACCGUAUAAGCUUUCAGAAUAUGUGUUGAACACUUUAACUCUGUCCAAAUGUUUACCAUUUAGUACUUUGAUCAUGUGCCAAUAACCUCAAUAAACA